UGUAAAAAGCUUAGUGAUCCAGAACAGUGACUACAAGACAUUCCUCAGAUGGCCUCUCCUCACGCCCGGAUCCGGAGCUCCGGGCGACCACGAUGCUCUCCGGGCCCUAACACAGCUGAAUUGAUUGAUAAAAUCCUGACCAGACCUCAGACGUGUCCCACUCAAACCAGGCAUGGAUACCGGCCUCUGACGACGGCAGCCUGUGUCCGGCAGACACCCCGGCAUGCCUGGGGUCCUAGAUCUCAGACCUCAGACCCCACAGUGAGAGGCAGACCCCAAACCGUUGGUCCACCCCCUGGAGAAGCCAACAGGGGUUUCAGUCAAGCAUGUGUUUUUUGUACGGAGACGAAUUCAACAGAUUCGAGACGCUAGACUUCGGACGGAGGAGAAGGGUGGAGAGAAUGGACUACAUUCCGGAAAACUUCCGUCCGAGGGUAGGGAUACGGGAAGGAAACGGAUAAGUAUCUUCCGGAAACAAGACGCAAAGAAAACCAACACUGUCCACGAUGACAUUCGGGAAGAUGAUAUGACCGAAGAGGAAAAAGAAGAGCGAGACAUGAAACUCCAACUUCGCCAUGCUCGAAUGACGAAGCUGAUCUGGUGGUUUCGGGUAUUACGUGCUGUCUGUGGCUUGGCUCAGGACAUGAAACGCCUGUCCAUGACCGUCACAGAAAACACAACCGUCUCACAGGUAUACGUCUACAACGCCUGCGGCUACUCCGGAAUGCUCGACGGCGACCAAACACUCUUCUUUGACAAGUCCCAAUUCUCACGGAGAAAAACGAUGUUGUUCCCGGUCUGGGCGCAGAAGUUGGCCAUGCUGGGUCCGGAAUCACGGACCGAGGAGGACGUCCGGCAAAUCCGCGGAUUGAUGCUAAUGAUGAAGAGUUUUCGGGAGAAGUACACGGAAGUUAUGCAAUACAAGAUGGCAAAAGUGGCCAUGUAUAUAAACUGCGAGAAAGGACGUGUAAUCUUGCGCCAAGGCCACUGGGGGAUCAACUUCUACUUCAUCUACUCCGGCUCCGUAUUUGUACAGAAAGAAACGGUGGAUCCGAAAACAAAGGAGAAGAAGAUUCAAACCCAAAACAUCAUUCGUGCAGGAGAAAGUUUUGGGGAGAUCGCAAUCCUUGGGGAUGGGAAAAGAACAGCAUCCAUUAUCUGUCGAGAACCCACCGAAGUGUUCCAGGUCGACAAGGGCACCUUUCUGGAGACGUGCCCGGAAGUCUUUGAAGUGGAACUGGACGCCAAAAUGGCAUUUGUGGAACAGUUUGAGAUGUUUCUGGGCUGGGACGAAGAGAACCUGCGCAGAAUGUGCUUCCUGUCACAAGCCAUCUAUAUCCCUCAUGGCAAAAUCAUAGAGGCUGACUGGUCCAAAACCAGUUACGCUUACUUCGUUAUGCAGGGAAGAAUAUCGUUAAUGCGUAAGUUUGACAUAUCGGACUUGAAGGACACAGGUGCUGUUCAUGUGUCUGGGAUGAUGGACAAACCUCUCCAUUUGCCCAACCCACAGGAGGAUAAGUACGGUGGAAUUCGGACAGAGCGUUAUGCAAAUGUUGGCGAGUUACACGUCGGCGAUCAUUGUGACCUGAGAGUGCUGCUGAAUGACAGUGAAAUGUCUGUGGAUACCUUGUCCAUGGUCAGUCAAGGGGCAAAGGUUCUUCGAGUAGAACACCGCAUCAUUAGAUGGUUAGGGCCUAUGAACACAAUAGAGGAGUACCUCCGGAAGCGCUACAUUCCCUUCAGGAUUCCUGAAGAUGUCCAGUUGUGCCAAAGAUACGUGGAAGAGUGCAACUGGGAUGUUUUUAAAAGAAAAACUAUGGCUCAGAUUUCUUGUGACCGACAUAAGAAGGAGGUGGCUAUGAUGCCUGUGACCUGUAAAGGCCAGAGUGGCUGGGCCAGGUGGCCCGGAAGUGGGGUGUAUCGAGAAUCCGGCACGGCCUUCCACUCACCUAUCGACCGUCGGGAUCAGCUGGCUGAGUUUCUAACACACGUUCGUUCCAAACAGAAGCCAACAGAGACGACCAGACACAAGACUCGCAGGGAUACCGUCGGUGUUCCUUUGGAGAUUAGGAGGACAUCUUUGUUUCCCCGUUCCAGAAUUCAGAAGCAAAUUCUCAGAGCAUUCCCGGACGAGCCUGUGUCCAACGAUAGACGUCUCACAAUACUCCCGACUCGACCUAAGCUAAACCAACCGAAACACAGCCUCACAACGAAAUAAAUACUGGGAAAUUCCGCCAAAACAAAUCCUGAUGAAGUGUGUGAUGGCGAAAAUAUAUGAGCUCUGCAAACUUUUGUGGCAUCAAAUGCCCUUCAGCAGGCAGUGGUUAGAUUUAAACAUCUGGCUAGUAUUAAGACUAUAAUAAAUAGGAAAUUAAACACAUAAUUAAAGACGUACAGCAUAGACAACAAACCCAGAGCAUCGACAACAGCGCGAUAGCUGACAAAUGGUCAUCCAAAACAGGUGGAAUACGGCUUCUUGUCAAUUUACCUCCUUUAGGGUUUUAUUCUAAUUUUGCGAUCUUAUUGUGAAAUCAAAAUUUUAUAAUAUUUUUCAUCUGCUACAUAAAUUUUUUGAAAAUUUAUUCAGUAUUCAGCGCGAUGUUGUUCAGAAAUA